CCUCCGAAAACAGAGAGUCCGUUCGCCUCGUUUUUUCUUCUUUGUGUCUGUCCUACCGCAUAGCUCCUGGCUGUUCGGUCUGGCAGCCACCACCAGCUGGCAGCAUCCUUUGAUUCUUCUUUUGCACGGCCGUUUUUUCUCCUGCCUUGGGGGGCUUCACUUCUGUUUUCGUCUCUUCUUUUCUCCAUUCAUUGUUUCAUCCGACACCCUCUUCUAUUCCUCUGCCUUCUUAUUUCUCUCUUCUCCUCAUCUCCCCUUCCUCGGCGACAUCUCUCGAUCUCGAAUCUGGUGGUGCAACAAAUCUUCUUCCUCCUCCUCCUCCUCUUCUUCUCUGCCAUCUUUCUCUUCCUCUUCAUCUUCUACCCACUUCUCCCGCACAUGCCAUCGCCUCUCACAGCUUCCUUGGCAUAUCGCGUCGAGCCACCAUGGCGGCCAAUCUAACCAUAGAUGCCACUGCGGUCGAUGGCGAGCAGUUGACUCUCCACCAAAUCCACACGCUCGUCAUCGUCGAGCGAAUCGGCGGCUGCCUCAGCUUGGUUUCUGUUAUGCUCAUUUUCCUCGCCUACUGGCUGGUUCGACGAGUGCGCAACGUGCAAAACACCUUCAUCGUCUUUGCCAGCAUAUCAAAUGUUGGAGCCAGUAUUGCAAGCAUCAUCGCCUUUGCUGGCGUGAAUGCUGGCCAAAAGAGUGCCCUUUGCCAGGCCCAGAGCUUCAUGUUUGAAAUGUUCAUGCAGUCUGACCCUUGGUGGUCCUUAGCCAUGGCCAUCAACGUCUUUCUCGUCUUUUACUUCCACACAAACCCCGACUCGUUUCGCAAGCGCUGGUGGAUUUACUGCUUGAUCUGCUAUGGAGGGCCUUUCGUCAUUGCCUUGACUCUCCUCCUCCUUAGAAGCCCGCGUGGCCGUGUCUACGGCGGAGCUACGAUCUGGUGUUGGGUCGACAAGGAGUGGGACUUUAUUCGAAUCUACACGUACUAUAUGCUAAUCUGGAUAUGUAUCGUUGGCUCUCUCCUCUGUUACUUCUUGGUUGGAUGGCAUGUCUUUCGCAUGCGAAACCGGCUACGAAGCUUUUCCACAUCAAAGAACAGAGAAAAAGACAAAGAUGUGGAGCCGGGCCAAGCAGACGCAGCACAGAAUGGGUGCUACGGCACCGUCACCACCGAAGUUCAAGUCACGCAUACUCCCGCCAACACUUUACCCCCCGAGCCUCAGCCUGCCUUUAUCCAACAAAACAACAGGCAGGUUUCGUUCGACAACUCAACCACCGAAAUCCAGCCCUCUGGCGAAAACCAGUACUACUCCUCUGUUACAACCUCUCCACCUCAAGAGGCUCCUCCUAAGCCUUCCCUACUACAUCGUUCUGUGGCUGCCACCCGAGCCGUCACUGGCAAGUUCCACAUCAGCGAUCCUGUCAAGAGAGCAUAUUUGAGGACGAGCUUCUUGUUCGCGCUAAGUGUGCUGGCCACCUGGAUCCCCAGCAGCCUGAAUCGUAUCCACGGCUGGCUUGAUGGAGGAUCGCCCUACCCGUUCCACCUCGCAACAGCGGCCGUCCUGCCCCUGCAAGGAUUGUGGAACGGAAUCAUCUUCUUCGUCACCAGCUGGAACCCUAUCAAGGCAUGGGCGCGCGAGAAGCUCAAAGGCGGCGCCACGAAGGUUGAGCGUCGCAAUACAGACGACCUUGCCAUGAACGAGCGAAUGACUGCUCCGCUGGGACGAUGCGAGUCUUUUAUAGAUGACGGAGAUUCCGCGACUAUCGGAAGCGAUGUCGAGCUGAGACGCGUGGCCAACUUAGGGGCCAAGACCUCUCACUCCUUAUAAGAG